CAGCGAAUUCGGCCGUGCUGCUACCUUGUCGGUCCAUGGCGACAGUGGAUGACAGCUGAAGGUUCGUAAAGGUCCAUGACGGUCGAGCCAGCUUGACGUAGUAACCUGGAGAGCCCCCUUUUCGCCUUUUACUGCUUUUGACACAGUUUCAAAGGACGUUAAAGGACUUUACGGUCGGAUAUUGACAUUCUCCUGGCCUGGACUGCUCGAAGGCGACGAGCGAAGAGUCCGGAUGUGCUUCUUGUUCUUGUUCCGCAUGGCGUAGUCUCCUUCUUGUCCUCCUCGGAAGAACCUUAUUCAUGCUCGGGGGGUUUCUGCGGGCCCUCGGGUCGACGGUCCUCUCUCCAGAACCAACAGAACCUUGCAGUUAGUGCGGACUAUCGGCGGACAUGUUGGCCCAGUAGCGACGAGGUGGACCGCGUCUGGUUGCCUCGGUGUGGUGGACCUGCAACUUCUGACGUUUUUUUUUUUUGUUUUGUUUCAAACAAGGAAAGACGUAAUUAGCUUCCCUUAUAUCAGCUUUGGGAGAUUUGACAAGAGGACAGUAAGGAGAACAUUUGUGUUGUUGUGUGGACAACCUGCAAGAUGACGUCCUGCACCCCUGCAGAUAUGAUUAACCUGCGGCUGAUCCUGGUCAGCGGGAAGACGAAAGAAUUCCUUUUUUCUCCCAACGACUCGGCGGCAGACAUCGCCAAGCACGUUUAUGACAACUGGCCAAUGGACUGGGAGGAGGAGCAGGUCAGCAGUCCCAACAUCCUGAGGCUCAUCUACCAGGGACGCUUCCUGCACGGCAACGUGACGCUAGGAGCACUCAAGCUGCCUCUGGGGAAGACCACCGUCAUGCACUUAGUCGCCAGAGAGACGCUGCCCGAGCCCAACUCUCAAGGUCAGAGGAACAGAGAGAAGACGGGAGAGAGUAACUGCUGUGUCAUUCUGUGAAUAAACACCUUCUGGCCCCGCCCCCCUCCGCCCUGCUGUCAAGGCCCGCCCACACGGUCCCUCCUGGCCAUUCAUGUUUGGCAGACAGUGAGCUCGUCGUCCACCUGUCCUGGGCGCUGUCCUCACUGCGCACAACACACACACCCACACAUAAACUGCAUUUCUUGUUCUUUUCUCAACACUUUAAGCCUUCUAACACACACACACACACACACACACACACACACUGACGCUGUAGCCAAUUAUCACAUUGUAACUGGCUGUUAGCCUGUUGUCAUAGCAACGAUGCCUUUGUUUUCAGUCUUUGAGCUCACACUUCUAACCACUGAUUAGAUGCCAACACACUUACACACACGUGUCACAAAGGCCCCCGAGCUGCCAUUUUGCAGGUAAACAAAGUGACAAGCCUGCAGCGUUUGUGACAGUUGUUCGAUGACCCCCCCCCCCCUCCCCUCCUGAGGUAGAAGAGACACUCUCAGUGUUGGAUAUGAAAAUGGGCCUUCCGUGUUCCUUCCUGUCUUCAUUCUUUCAGUCCAAUUUUCUAAUGAUGAUGAUGAUGAUGAUGAAUUGAUGACGUCCUCCUCAAUACAAGCAUGUGCUCCUUCUGCAUAUUGUCUGACAUGCAUCGAAAAGUUUCAUUUCAUAUUCCCCCCCCCCCAGGGAAGCGACAUCCAGUGUAUUGGACAUGAUGUGGAAGCUUCUAGAUCUUGCUAGCCACUGUGUGUAUUUGUAUGUAUUUGUAUGUAUGUACAGAAUGUGUGUGUAUGUAUGUACAUUACCAGGCAAAGGUUUGGAGUGCAUCCCUUGUCAUUCAACAGCAUGACGGAGUGUGUGUAAACGUUUGACUGGUACUGUAAGUAUGUCUAUAUAUGUAUAUAUACAGUAUGUAUGUGUGUGUGUGGACUGUACGCAUGUAGCGUGAUUAGCUGAUUGACUUCCGUGUGCUCUUAUUGCUACGUGACUCUUAAUCCACCACGAUUGUGUACUGCAAUCACAUCUGUACAAACACAAACAACAUUUGAAGCCAAGUGUAAAUAGCACUAAAGAAUCCCAUCCCUUCCCCGCCCCCAACACCUGUAAACUAAAUAAAGCUUGUUCAAGUG